AUGAAUCAGGAGAACACCAUCAAGAUAUUCUGCUCAGAAGUGACCUGUUCCAUUUGCCUGGAGUAUUUCAGAGAUCCCGUGAUGCUUCCAUGUGGGCACAACUUCUGCCACGACUGCGUUAUGAAAUACUGGAGGGAGUUUGUAUUGAAAUACAUUUGCCCUCAGUGCAAAAUGGUCACCGAGACGGAGGGCGUUGUCCCAAACAAAUCCCUGGAAAAAUUUGCAAGGUUGCUCGAACAGCUGAAGCAGGAGGCAGGCGGCAAAGAGGUCUGCGAGAAACAUCAGGCACCUUGGAAAUAUUUCUGCAAGGAUCACCAAGCCCCCUUUUGCAAGUGGUGCGCUGGAUCCAGAGAUCACGAAGGUCACAUCAAGAUCUCCUUGGAGCAAGCAACCCAAGAAUUUAAGUGGUGGCUUGAUAAAGCAAAAGAGAUGGAUUAUUUCCGCGAGUUCCUUGUUUAUAUAGAGAAUCAGAAAAGUGCAAUUCUGAGGCGUAAAACGUGUAUAGAAAAAGAAAGCCUAGAUGUAACCAAAGCGACGGAGACCUUGAAGAAAGAGAUGGGGGAUACGUUUGAGGGGCUACGCCGCUUUCUGAACAGCGAAGAGCACAUUCAGAUCAGCAGAAUCAGCGAGGUGGAGAAGAAUGUCUUCCAGAAGCGGGAGGAACGGAUGGAUGAGCUUUUUCAGGAAUUCUCUUCUUGCGAUAAGAUGAUGCGAGAAUUGCAGAAGAAAUGUAGCCAGCAAGGAAAUGACCUCCUGCAGGAUAUAAGCAGCACUCUGGAGAAGUGUAAAAAGAAGGAGAUUCUGCAACAUCUUAAGCUUUUUCCUCCUAACAAUCAAUGGGAAAUAUGGAAUGUAUGGGAUGCUAACAUCUUUCUGAAGUGUGCCGUCAGCCAAUUCCAAGAAAGUCUGAAAUUGGGGUUGUCUUUGCAGCAAGCGGUGAUAACUUUAGACAAGGAGACGGCUCACCCCCUGCUCAUCCUAUCGAAGGACUGCAAAAGCGUGACAGUGGGAAAUGAGGUGCAAUACUAUCCAAAGACUCCUAAACGAUUUGACACGAGCCACAGCGUGCUGGGCUGCGAGGAGUUCAAGGAGGGCCGGAACUAUUGGGACAUUUCCAUGGACAACGAGGGGGAAUGGACCGUGGGUGUGGCCCGCAAAUCUGUGAGGAGAAAGAAUGCAAUCUCCAUUGAGCCCAAAAGUGGCAUUUGGGCCAUAGGGAAGCGUGCCAAUGAAUAUUUUGCUUUUGACUCUCCAAAUCAUUCUCGGCUGCAACCCAAUCGGGAGCUGAGAAGGAUUCGCGUCUUUUUUAAUUACGCCGGGAAGCAUGUGUCUUUCUUUGAUGCCGACGAAGCAAGCAUACUCCAUCACACCUACACAAACACGGUCUCCAAAGAGGCCUUUGUUCCUUUUUUUCACCUCUCUCACAAGGCUGUUCUCACACUGACUCCCUAAAUCAGCUGAAAGGAAGGACGUCGGUGGCUUUUAAAAGCCCCGCACUCCAAUUUUCAUGACGCAUCCUUAGAAAGGAGACAAGCAACACAUCAACCACACCUUUAGUUUGCCUUUUUUUCCUUUUUUGGGGGGGGACUCUUGUCCGAAUCUAAUUCUUUCAAAACGCCAGCUUUUUGCUUCUAACCAAGCA